AUGUUUUCGUAUCAAAGAGGGCAAUUCGAUCUUGUCAUCCACAACGGGCUUGUCGUGGUAGGCUCCGACGUGAUGCCACCGUCAACAUACAUUGGUGUCAAAGGCGGCAUCAUCGAACAGAUCUCAGCAACACCGCUCACGGGGAAAAAAAUUAUAGAUGCCGAGGGAGGCUAUAUCAUGCCAGGCGGCAUCGACUCGCACGUCCACUUGUCCCAGAAAAAUACUCCUGCUGGCGACACUUUUGAGUCGGGAACUCGUUCUGCUCCACCAGGAGGAACUACUACGGUGAUCCCGUUUGCAAUCCAAAACUCCAAAGAGGACUUUGACUUGGUUUCUGCAGUUGAAGAGUACCACACACAAGCAAAGAACAACUCUUACUGCGACUACGGGUUUCACGUGAUUAUUUCCAACCCCAAUGACGAGAUCCUGAAGACCCAGCUUCCCCUAUUGGCACAGCAGCACGGAAUCACCUCAGUCAAGGUGUACACCACUUAUCCUCGGUAUCGUCUUUCCGACGAGCAGCUUCUCGAUAUUCUCUUGUCGAAUCGCAAGUUGGGAAUCACAACAAUGAUCCAUGCUGAAAAUGCGGAUAUCAUUGACUUCAUAGGCAAAAAGCUGGAGGAGAAGAAACUUACAGAUCCCUUUUACCACUCCGUUAGCCGUCCAAAAGUAGCUGAGGACGAGGCUACUUAUCGGGUGAUCUCUUUGUCCAAAAUGAUAGAUGUUCCUAUUUUGAUUGUGCACAUGUCAUCUGAAACUGCAUUGGCGACCGUCAGAGAGGCACAGAACAGUCUGGUGCCAAUCUUUGCAGAGACUUGUCCACAGUACUUAUUUUUGACGGCCGACUACUUGAAGCACCAGUGCUCGCACCAUGUCCACAAAGAUGACCCCUUUGAGGGAGCCAAGUACAUUUGUUCGCCGCCAUUGAGACAAUCUCAGAGUGAGCUCGAUGGAGUCUGGAGAGCCAUUCAGAAUGGAACGGUGACUGUGUUCAGCAGCGACCAUGCUCCGACUAUUUACGACCACCCGCUAGGGAAAAAAGCUGGACUGGUGAACGGAAUUCCCCACUACAAAAAGGUGCCAAAUGGACUGCCGGGAAUUGAGACAAGAAUGCCGUUAUUGUUCUGUAAAGGUGUUGAGACAGGCAAAAUUACUGCACAACGGUACGUUGAGCUGUGCUGCUCGAACCCGGCAAAAUUGUACGGCCUUGAUCAGAAGGGAACGAUUGCUGUGGGCAAGGAUGCUGACUUUGUUAUCUGGUACCCAAAGGGUAAAAUGACACCAUUCACUUUGACCAACUCGAUGCUCCACCACGGCAUAGACUACUCACCUUUUGAAGGAGUGGAAUUUACAAAUUGGCCAAGAUACACAAUUUUGAGGGGUUCUGUGGUCUGGGAUAGAGAUAGCAACGGUCUUCUGGCCUCAAAAAGUACAGGUCAGUAUGUAAAACGGGCAAUAUCCAGCAUGCCGGGCCCCGUGGGCAAGUUGUCCUACAUUUUUGAAUAG